AUGGCAUCAAGGUCCGGGAGCCGUGACAAGCUGAUACGGUCACCGUCAUCCUCGACGAGCGGCGAGUUUCUAGCACAAACCCCCCGCAAAUCCAUAAGUAAAAAGCGCAAGCGAGAUGCCAACGUUUAUGAUGCUGUAGCAGGCCGUGUGACAACCACCUCGGCCCUGGAUGAUGGGCCUGGCCUAGAAGAAGCACAUCCGCGGUACCAACGCGCCUCACUUCGGGAUCCAACGUUGGCACCAGAAGAAGUCCUGUUCCGGAGAGCUGGGGCUCCCGUCCGGUAUGCGGAAAAGGACAUAUACUUUGCCCAGGAGCAGCUGCCAGGCGCAGGGCACAGGACAUUACCAGACAGCGACAUGUUGAAGGCUAUUCAUCACUAUUCGAGUCAUUUCUACUGGGCUCUCGCCACGGGACAUAACCGACUGGGCAAUGGAGGCGCAAAGAGUCAUGAAAUUGUGGAUGAGCAGAGCAUGGACGAGACGGCGCUCCUAGCCCUCGGGAUCCUGCUUGAAGAGGCCGGUCGGGAGGCCCUUGGGAAAAGGGGCGACCUGGUCUUCACAGAGGGAAUGCCUUCGGGAGACGACGGACAGUUGAAGAGCAGAUGUGACGGACCAUUUAGCUUCCUUGACACACUACCAACGCCAGUGGCGGAGCGCAGCGCAACAACAGAAAUGGAACAGCAUGGUUGA